AAAAUAUUCUAUCGCCUCUCGUCGCAUGGACGCUGUUCUUUCCCCCUCCAUUCUGGCAGCUUGCUGGCGUCCCUUCGUUCUGCGCCUUGUUCGCGGUCUCACUCUUUCCGUCUUCGGGGCGGCAUCGGAUCAGGCGGGAGUAAGCAUUGGGCUUUUAAUUGGCAGAGUGCUACUCUUCUUUUCUUGGUUGCAUCAUCACAAGAUAAAAGUUACUGACAUGGCAAAUUGCAAAUGAUAUGUAUAUAUAUAUAUUUUGAUGGAGCAGAAGAAACAUAUUGCAAUUUUCACAACAGCAAGUCUACCAUGGAUGACAGGAACUGCCGUCAACCCUUUGUUUCGUGCUGCUUACCUGGCUAAGGAUUGCAAUUGGGAGGUUACCCUUGUAAUCCCUUGGUUAUCAUUGAAAGAGCAGGUUUUAGUAUAUCCAAAUAAAAUUAUCUUUAAUUCACCUGUGGAGCAUGAAGCAUAUAUUCGUUCGUGGCUCAAGGAGAAGGCUGAAGUUGUCUCAGAAUUUAAUAUUAUUUUCUAUCCUGGAAAGUUCUCCAAAGAGAAAAGAAGCAUUCUUCCUGUUGGGGACAUCACUGAAACUAUUCCUGAUGAAUUGGCAGAGAUUGCUAUACUUGAGGAACCAGAACAUCUUACAUGGUACCAUCAUGGUCGGCAAUGGAAAACUAAAUUCCAAAGUGUGAUAGGUGUCAUUCAUACUAAUUAUCUGGAAUAUGUUAAGAGAGAAAAAAAUGGGCAGAUACAGGCAUUUCUCUUGAAAUAUGUUAACGGUUGGGUUACUCAAAUCUACUGCCACAAGAUUGUGAGAUUAUCAGGUGCCACCCAAGAUCUGCCAAGGUCGGUCAUCUGUAAUGUCCAUGGUGUAAACCCUAAAUUCCUCGAGGUAGGGAAAACAAAGCAUGAGCUAAAACAGAGAGGUCAGAUAGCAUUUCCCAAAGGUGCCUACUUCAUUGGAAAGAUGGUUUGGAGUAAAGGUUAUACAGAACUUCUCCAGCUACUCUCGAAAUUCCAAGAUGAACUUUCUGAUUUACAGAUAGACUUGUAUGGGAAUGGAGAAGACUUCAAUGAAAUUCAAGAAUCUUUCAGUGAAUUGACCCUGGAUACGAGAAUUUGUCCUGGUCGUGAUCAUGUCGAUUCUAUAUUUCAUGACUACAAGGUGUUCAUUAACCCGAGCACUACAGAUGUAGUUUGUACAACAACAGCAGAGGCUCUUGCAAUGGGGAAGAUUGUUAUUUGUGCCGACCACCCUUCAAAUGAAUUCUUUAAGCAGUUUCCAAAUUGCUAUACAUACAAUAGCGGCAAGGAGUUUGUGAAAUUAACACUUAAAGCUCUCGUCAAAGAACCUGCGCCGAUCACAGACAAUCUUCUACACGAGCUAUCAUGGGAGGCAGCCACAGAAAGGUUUAUAGAGGCUGCUGAGCUAAAGGAGAUCAUACAGGAGAAAACACUUUCCUCACCAAAGCCUUUCAUGGCAAUGUCUUCCGAUGACUGGAAGAAGAGUCUUGAGGAAGCAUCUGCAUACCUGCACAAUGCAAUAUCUGGAAUCGAGGCUGCACGCUAUGCCUUUGGUGCGAUUCCGAACACCCUACAACCUGAUGAACAACAAUGUGAGGAGCUUGGUUUGCCUUUCGAACGUAAGCUGUUCGACGGACGUUCUGCUGCUCCUGAUACUGACCUAUCAAAAAUGACUUAAAUUCAGUUAGAAUAUAGUUUCUACCUUUCAUGUUUUGCUCUGUGAAUUAUGCACGAUUCGGAGUACUUAGCCAAACCUAAUCCCAUGAGUUAAGCAAAAGAUGUAAGAGUGGAAUAAUGGACAUGUACAAGCAUUUGCAGUUUGCAGUUGCAUGAUUAUCAGUAUGUUUUGAAGCGUUUAGCCACUCUGUACCUAAAUUCUAUGUGUAUUGUGGCUAUUGUUUUCAAAAAAAAAAAUACUUGGUGAUUUGUAUAUC